AUGGUUGUGUCUGGUUUUCCUAGGUGAAGGAGCUGGUGCUGGACAACUGCUGCUCGGAAGAUGGCAAGAUCAGCGGGCUCUCCCCAGACUUCGAAAACCUGGAAUUACUGAGCAUGAUCAACGUCCGCCUUCUCUCCAUCUCUAACCUGCCCAAGCUUAGCAAACUCCGGAAGCUGGAACUGAGCGACAAUCGUAUUUCGGGCGGUCUGGAAGUCCUCGCAGAAAAAACGCCAAAUUUGACGCAGUUGAACCUCAGCGGGAAUAAAAUCAAAGAGAUCAGCACGUUGGACCCUCUGAAAAAGCUUCCCCACCUGCGGAACCUCGACCUCUUCAACUGCGAAGUGACGACGCUAAACAACUACCGCGAGAGCAUCUUCACCCUCCUGCCUCAGCUGAUUUAUCUUGAUGGGUUCGACUCCAGCGACAAAGAAGCCCCUGACUCGGACCCAGAAGCCGACGGGCUGGACGAUGAGUACGAUGAGAACGGAGACG